AUGGCCGCCGCCACGAAGCCCCCGCUCAAGUCCAGCUCCUCCCACAACACCGCCGCGGGGCCGGGCCCCGGCGCCGGGAAGACCAUCGAGGAGACGUACCAGAAGAAGACGCAGCUGGAGCACAUCCUGCUGCGCCCGGACACCUACGUCGGCUCCGUCGAGAAGCACAAGCAGAAGCUCUGGGUGUACGAGGGCGGCGCCAUGGUGCACCGCGAGGUCGAGUACGUCCCCGGCCUCUACAAGAUCUUCGACGAGAUCCUCGUCAACGCCGCCGACAACAAGCAGCGCGACCCCUCCAUGAACUCCCUCCAGGUCACCAUCGACGUCCCGGGCUGCUGCAUCUCCGUCUACAACAACGGCGACGGCGUCCCCGUCGAGAUCCACCAGGCGGAGGGCAUCUACGUGCCGGAACUCAUCUUCGGCCACCUCCUCACCAGCAGCAACUACGACGACCACGAGCGGAAGACCACCGGCGGGAGGAACGGGUACGGCGCCAAGCUCACCAACAUCUUCUCCACCGAGUUCGUCAUCGAGACUGCUGAUGGCCGCCGCCAGAAGAAGUACAAGCAGGUUUUCUCCGGAAACAUGGGCAACAAGUCUAAGCCUGAGAUUACAAAGUGCAAGCAGUCUGAGAACUGGACCAGAGUUACCUUCAAGCCUGACCUUGAAAAGUUCAAUAUGACUGAGCUUGAACAAGAUGUCGUGGCACUCAUGAAGAAGAGAGUAGUUGAUAUGGCGGGCACCCUUGGCAAAACCGUGAAGGUUGAGUUAGAUGGCCAGAAGGUGCCAGUAAAAAGCUUCCCAGAAUACGUGAAACUGUAUAUUGACUCUGCUAACAAAGAAGGACCGGAGCUACAAAGUCUCCACCUAAAGGUAAAUGAUCGUUGGGAGGUGUGUGUGAGUCUAAGUGAAGGGCAAUUUCAGCAGGUCAGCUUCGUGAAUGGAAUUGCAACCAUAAGAGGUGGAACUCAUGUUGAACAUGUGGCAGGCCAAAUUGCCAGCCAUGUGAUGGAAGCUGUGCACAAGAAAAACAAAAAUGCUAAUGUGAAGCUGCAUACUGUGAAGGGCCAUUUAUGGGUCUUUGUUAACGCGCUCAUUGACAACCCUGCCUUUGAUUCGCAAACCAAGGAGACCUUGACAACUCGUCUGGGAAGCUUUGGGUCCAGGUGUGAUCUCCCUUUGGAUUUCCUUAAGAAAGUUGCUAGCUCUGGGAUUGUGGAUAAUCUCCUUUCUUGGGCUGAUUACAAGCUAAAGAAGGAUCUAAAGAAGACUGAUGGAACCAAGAGGUCAAAUAUUCUUGGCAUUCCUAAGCUUGAUGAUGCAAAUGACGCCGGUGGCAAGGACUCUGACAAGUGCACCUUGAUACUUACUGAAGGAGAUUCAGCAAAGGCUCUAGCUAUGGCUGGUAUAGGUCAAGUUGGAAGGGAUCAUUAUGGUGUGUUUCCUCUUAGGGGUAAAUUACUAAACGUGAGGGAAGCAAACACUAAGCAGUUGACGGAGAAUGCAGAGAUCCAGAAUAUAAAGAAAAUACUUGGUUUGCAGCAUGAGAAGAAUUAUGAUAGCACAAAGGGCUUGAGAUAUGGCCAUCUCAUGAUAAUGACAGAUCAGGACCAUGAUGGUUCCCACAUUAAAGGGUUGUUGAUCAACUUCAUUCACAAGUUCUGGCCAUCUCUCCUCAAAGUUCCAUCCUUCUUGGUUGAGUUCAUCACUCCAAUUAUCAAGGCAACCAAUAACAGGAACAAAUCUGUCCUGUCAUUUUACUCGAUGCCAGACUAUGAAGAAUGGAAAGAGAAGCUAGGGGGAAAUGCAAGUGCUUGGACUAUAAAGUACUACAAGGGGCUAGGGACCAGCACAGCUGCAGAAGGCCAGGAGUACUUUGAACAUAUUGCCAAGCACAAGAAGGAUUUUGUCUGGGCGGAUGACCAAGAUGAUACUGCAAUUGAUUUGGCAUUCAGCAAGAAAAGGAUUAGUGACCGGAAGAACUGGCUGAGCAACUUUCAGCCUGGAACUUGCCUUGACCAACGCGAGAAACGCAUCAAGUACAGGGACUUUAUCAAUAAAGAGCUGAUACUCUUCUCGAUGGCAGACCUUGAACGGUCAAUACCUUCAAUGGUUGAUGGUCUUAAACCAGGCCAGAGGAAGAUUUUGUUUUGCUCGUUCAAGAAGAACUUGGUUAAAGAGGCUAAGGUGGCACAGUUUAUUGGUUAUGUGUCAGAACACUCAGCGUACCACCAUGGUGAGCAGAGUCUGGCAAGUACGAUUCUAGGAAUGGCUCAAGAUUUUGUCGGCAGCAAUAAUAUAAAUCUCUUGGAACCCCUUGGCCAAUUUGGCACCAGAAAUCAGGGAGGCAAAGAUAGUGCUAGUGCAAGGUACAUCUACACUAGAUUAUCACCUGUCACUCGCUUAAUUUUCCCAAAGGAUGAUGAUGUUCUUCUGGACUAUUUGAAUGAAGAUGGACAGUCUAUUGAACCGAGCUGGUUUGUACCAAUCAUUCCCAUGGUUUUGGUCAAUGGAAGUGAAGGCAUUGGCACUGGAUGGAGCUCCUAUGUCCCAAACUAUAAUCCAAGAGACAUUAUCGCUAAUCUGAAACGAUUGCUAAAAGAUGAGCCUGUUGAGCCAAUGGAUCCUUGGUACAAGGGGUUCAAGGGCUCUAUUGAGAAAACUAUUAAGGCAACUGGUGUAACAUAUACCAUGACUGGUAUUAUAGAUGCUCCGAAUGACAGUAUGCUGAAAAUCACGGAGCUGCCAAUCCGCCGUUGGACAGGAGACUACAAAGAUUAUCUUGAAUCCAUGUGUGCGGAGAGUGGCAAGGAGAAAGACAAGGAAAAAGGUAAGGACAAGAAUAAGGACAAAACCAAGAAGAAGGAUAAGGACAAAGACAAGGAAAAUAACAAGGAAAAGGAACCAGCAUUUCUCGAGACUGUUAGGUCCUAUUGUGAUGACGUGAAUGUGGAUUUUGAGGUCACCUUGAGUGAGGAAAACAUGAACAUUGCUAAGCAAGAAGGCCUUGUGAAGAAAUUCAAGCUCACAUCCACACUGGCAAUAACAAACAUGCACUUGUUUGGUCCGGAUGGCAAAAUUAGAAAGUACGAGACCCCAGAGGAAAUACUUGAAGAGUUCUUUACACUGAGGCUAGAAUACUAUGUUAAAAGAAAGGAUGCUUUGUUCAAAAAUAUUACACUGGAAAUGAGGAAGCUUGAUGAAAAAGUACGGUUUAUUCUUGCUGUUGUCAACGGCGAGAUUAAAGUCAAUAACAGGAAGAGGGCUGAGCUGUUUAAGGAGCUGAAGCAGAAGGGUUAUGCAAGUUUCCCAAAGAAUAAGAAGAAUGAGCCAGUUGCUGCAGGGGCUACAGACAAUGAUGAAGGAAAUGAAGAGAGCCCUGCUGAUGCUGCAGAUGCUAGUGACUAUGACUACCUCCUCUCAAUGUCAAUUGGUACCUUGACUCUUGAGAAGGUACAGCAGCUCAUUGCUCAGCAGGAGAAUUUAAGUCUUGAAGUUGAGAGACUGAGGCUAACAGAACCAAAAGCACUUUGGUUUCAAGACCUUGACGCUCUUGAGAAGGAACUGGAUGUAAGCUUUCUGGUCACUGAUGUUUCCCUUGAAAAAAGAAGAGAUGCACAGGAAAAGAACAGGAAGAAGAAGGAAGCAGAAUCUAAAGCAGCAUCCAAGAGACAGCCUAAGAAGGCUGCUGUCAAGUCUGAGAAGGUAGAGAGUACCACAAUUGAUGCAUUUCUUAUGGCAGGGAGUCUUAAGCAUUGUUGUUUCCUGUUUACUGAUGAAAUAAUUGAACUUUUCAAGGCUGGGAGUGAUGACGAAGAUUACGGAGCACCAAUGCCGAAACCAGCAGCACAAAGGAAGAAACCAGCCAAGAAGGCAAGUGCACCGGUGAAAGAUGAAGAGGAGGAAAUGCUUGAAUUGAAAGACCGUCUGGCGGCUUAUACUCUUCAUGACUCCUCUCCAGAACUUAGUGCAAUGGAUACUGAGACUACAGAAGGCCAGCAGAAAGGAAAGACAGGGAGGAACGCGCCAAGCAAAAGAGGCGCAGCAAAGAAGGCCAUGGCAUCCUUGAUUGAGUUGUCUGAUGAGGACAUAGCAGUGCCCACCGAUGAGAGUGAGGAUGAAGAGUUUGCCAUGACCACUGAAGCACCAGUUGAGAAGAAAGCCAGGGGAAGAAAGCCUGCUGCUGAGAAACCUGCUGCUGAGAAGCCAAAGACUACUGCAGCCAGGAAGAGGGCGCCAGCUCCGAGCAAGGGCAUGAGGCAGAAGGUUCUGGAAGAGACAUUCAAACCUGUAGACGACAGCAACUCCAGCGCUCCUUCACCUGAGAAGAAGGUACGGAAGAUCAGGGCCUCCCCCUUCAACAAGAAGAGCAGCUCGAUUCUGCAGAGAGGGUCGACAAGCACAGAAGAUGCUGACGCUCCUCCAUCCGGAAGCUCUGCUGAGCCAGUUGCACCGAGAAGGACAGUUCGGGAGAGGAAGACGACGUUAACCUACGUCGAGUCUGAGAGUGAAGACAAGGACUCUGAUGAUGAAGAUGUGCUGGAUGUGAGCGAUGACUCUGAAUACUCCGAUGACGACUAGACCUUCUUAGUUGAGCUGCUUAAAAACUGCCUGGAGUUCAGUGUGACUGUCCGUUUAAUUUCUGAAACAUUUGGUUAGCAAAUCUGAUGCAUUGGUGCUUGCUCAGGUGCAUCUCUUGUGCGUCGUAUGCUAUGUUAGGUUGCCCAGACAUCCAGUGUGCUAAUCGAUUUGAGAUUUAUGUU